AUGACCCAUUUAACCCAUUAAUGACCCAUUUAACCCAUUAAUGACCCAUUUAACCCAUUAACGACCCCAAUUAACCCAUUAACGACCCCAAUUAACCCAUUAACGACCCCAAUUAACCCAUUAAUGACCCAUUUAACCCCUCCCCAGGUGCAGAACAUCUCGCAGUCCCUGGAGCUGCUGGAUCUCCGCACCUUCCGGGACCUGCAGUACGUGCGGAACACGGAGUCGCUGCUCUCGGGUUUGGACUCGCGGCUCCGAGCGGCCUCUGAAGGGCUCAGCCCCCGAAAUUUCCAGGAUCUACAGGAGAAGAUGCGUGCUCUGCUGCCUCUGCCCCCCGUUCUGGAGCAGUACCGGGCGGACUCGCGACUCAUCUCCAUCCUCAAGGACGAGCUCCGGAAUCUCUCGGGAAUUCUCCUGGAAAUCCAGGAGGAGAUGGGAGCCUACGACUACGAGGAGCUGCAGCAGAGAGCGCUGCUGCUGGAGGAGAGGCUGCGCGCCUGCCUGCAGAAAUUGGGCUGCGGGAAGCUCACGGGGGUCAGCAACCCCGUCACGAUCCGCGCGUCGGGAUCGCGAUUCGGAUCCUGGAUGAGCGACACGAUGACGCCCAGCGCCGACAACCGGAUCUGGUACAUGGACGGUUACUACAAAGGCCGCCGCGUGCUGGAAUUCCGCAGCCUCUCCGACUUCAUCAGCGGCCAAAACUUCAUCCAGCACCUCCUCCCUCACCCUUGGGCCGGAACCGGCCACGUCGUCUUCAACGGAUCCUUGUACUACAACAAAUUCCAGAGCAACGUCGUUAUCCGUUACCACUUCCGAUCGCGGAGCGUCGUGGUGCAGCGGAGCCUCGCCGGCGCCGGUUACAACAACACCUUCCCGUAUUCCUGGGGAGGAUUCUCCGACAUGGAUUUCAUGGUGGACGAGAACGGGCUUUGGGUGGUCUACACCACCAACCAAAACGCCGGCAACAUCGUGGUGAGCCGCGUGGAUCCGCACACGUUGGAGGUGUUGAGGAGUUGGGAUACGGGAUAUCCCAAAAGGAGCGCCGGGGAAUCCUUCAUGAUCUGCGGCGUGCUCUACGUCACCAAUUCCCACCUGGCCGGCGCCAAGAUUUACUUCUCCUACCACACCAACACUUCCAGCUACGAAUACACCGACAUCCCCUUCCAUAAUCAAUAUUCCCACAUUUCCAUGCUGGACUACAACCCGCGCCAGAGGGUGCUCUACACCUGGAAUAACGGCCACCAGGUCAUCUACAACGUCACGCUCUUCCACGUCGUCAACGCCGCCGGAGAGCUCUGA